GACAUUCAGUGCCUGAGGGACUAUUUUUCUGGUGACAGUGGCAAGACUGUGUGAGGAAGCUAACAGCGUGGUUUCACAGUGACAGAAGUCUCUAAUUGUUUCUCCUCCUGCAUCCCUCCUCCUCUCACCAUGAGCUCCUGGGUGGUGAACAGGAAAGGAGAGCCACAGUACCGUCGGCAUUUCCUCACAGACAACAGCACCUUUCAUGUGGAGAGAUGCAUGAGUGUGAUGCAGUCAGGAACACAGAUGGUGAAGCUGAAGGCGGGAUCCAAAGGCUUGGUGAGACUCUUCUACCUGGAUGAGCAUCGCUCCUGCAUCCGCUGGAAACCAUCACGCAAGAGUGAGAAGGCCAAGAUCACCAUCGAUUCACUCUACAAAGUGACAGAAGGCGGCCAAUCAGACAUCUUCCACCGGCAUGCAGACGGCAGCUUCGACCCAACCUGCUGUUUCACUGUGUACCAUGGAAACCACAUGGAGUCCCUCGACCUGGUGACAUCAAACGCAGAAGAAGCCAGAACCUGGAUCACCGGCCUGCGCUACCUGAUGGCUGGGAUCAGUGACGAGGACUCGCUGGCCAAACGGCAGCGUACGCACGACCAGUGGCUGAAGCAGACAUUUGAGGAGGCCGAUAAGAACGGGGACGGUCUCUUAAACAUUGAGGAGAUCUACCAACUUCUUCACAAGCUGAAUGUGAAUCUGCCUCGAAGGAAGGUCAAACAAAUGUUCCAGGAAGCUGACACAGACGACCAGCAGGGCACGCUGACGUACGAAGAGUUCUCCGUCUUCUACAGGAUGAUGUCAAUGAGACGAGACCUGUUCCUGCUUAUGAUGGCGUACAGCGACAGGAAGGACCACCUGACGGCCGAGGAGCUGGCCAACUUCCUGCGCAAUGAACAGAAGAUAACCAAUGUGACUCCAGAAUACAUGGCAGAAAUCAUCGACAAGUUUGAAAUGUCGGAUGAGUAUAAACAAAGAGGCGUCAUGGGGAUUGAAGGUUUCACAAGUUUCAUGCGCAGUCCGACGUGUGACAUUUUCAACCCUCUGCACCAUGAGGUGAACCAGGACAUGGACCAGCCUCUUAGUAACUACUUCAUCGCCUCCUCUCAUAACACGUACCUGACCGGAGACCAGCUCCUCUCACACUCCAAAACCGACAUGUACGCUUGGGUGCUACAGUCUGGCUGCCGCUGUGUAGAAGUGGACUGCUGGGACGGCCCUGAGGGAGAGCCGAUGGUCCAACACGGCUACACCCUGACCUCCAAGAUACCAUUCAAGUUUGUCAUCGAGACCAUCAAUAAAUACGCCUUCAUAAAUAACCAGUACCCAGUAAUCCUGUCCAUAGAGAACCACUGCAGCAUCCAGCAGCAGAAGAAGAUUGCUCAGUACUUGAGAGAAAUCUUCGGAGACAAACUGGACGUGGGAGACGUUCUGAGCAGAGAAUCCAAAACAUUACCGAGUCCUCACAGCCUGCAGGGCAAGAUCCUCAUCAAAGGGAAACGUCUGCCUGCAUAUCUGUCUGCAGAUGUAGAGGAGGGGGAGGUGUCUGAUGAUGACAGUGCUGAUGAAAUUGAGGACGACUUCAAGCUGAAGAGCAGUAAUGGCAACGGUAAUCCCCAGGUGGAGUCUCACAUCAGAAAGAAACUUGACUCCCUGCUGAAGGAGUCUCGGAUCGGAGACAAAGAAGACACGGAUAGUUUCAGCAUCCGGGCUCUGCUCCGGGCGACGCACCAGGGCCUUCAAAAGAACCUGCGGCAGAGCUCCAAAGGAGUUUUGAAGAAAUCCCAGAGCAGAUCCUUCAUCACAACGCUCAAACAGAAGAGGCACUCCAAAUCCAGGCUGACAUGCCAAAGCGUUGAGAAGGAAGAGGACAGUCAGGAGAAGUCAGGAAGGGAGGCCGGAGGACAGUUUAACAGGGGUGGACGAAAGAGAAAGACAAUGAAGCUGAGUCGAGAUCUGUCAAAUCUAGUGGUGUUCACCAACUCUGUUGCCUCACAGGAGUGUCUGAAUGAAGGUACUCCAGGUGAUGUUUUGUCAUUCAGUGAGACCAGAGCACAAUCCCUGGUCAAUCACAAAACAGAACAGUUCCUGGCUUUUAACCAGAGGCAACUGUCACGGAUUUAUCCCUCAGCCUAUCGCAUCGACUCGUCCAAUUUCAACCCCCAGUUCUAUUGGAACGUGGGCUGUCAGCUGGUUGCUCUGAAUUACCAGACAGAGGGCCGGAUGAUGCAGCUCAACAGAGCCAAAUUUAUGGUGAAUGGAGGGAUUGGCUACGUCCUCAAGCCUCCUCCCAUGUGUAAAGGCUCGUUCAACCCAUUCAGUGAUGACCCGCUUCCAGCUUACCCCAAGAAGCAGCUCAUUCUCAAGAUCAUUAGCGGACAACAGCUGCCCAAACCACCAGACUCCAUGCUGGGGGAUCGAGGAGAGAUUAUCGAUCCAUUUGUUGAAGUGGAGAUCAUCGGCCUGCCAGUUGAUUGCUGCAAGGAACAGACGCGAGUUGUUGAUGACAACGGUUUUAAUCCAGUCUGGGAAGAGACGCUGUCAUUUACACUUCAUAUGGCUGAAGUAGCACUGGUGCGUUUCCUGGUCUGGGACCACGACCCAAUUGGACGGGACUUCAUUGGUCAGCGGACAGUUGCCGUCAGCAGCUUGAUGCCUGGUUACAGACAUGUGUUCUUGGAGGGGCUGACUGAGGCUUCCAUCUUUGUGCAUGUGUCAGUGCAUGAUGUCUAUGGGAAGUGGAGCCCUCUAGUCCUGAACCCCAGCUUUACCAUAAUGCACUUUCUAGGAACUAAUAAGGGUUCUCAGCUGCGAGGUAUCCGGGGUCUGUUCAACCGUUCUUCCAAGUCCUCUGUGGAUACCAACACUGGUGGCCUUCGGAAACGCUCCAUCAGUGAUCACCUCCUGCGGCGCACGGCCAGUGCCCCUGCAAAGGGGCGCAAGAAGACGAAGAUGGCAUUGUCAGAGUCAGUGGCUUCGAUAUCAGACCAAAAAAAUGGCACAGGUGCUGAAGAAGGAGGAGAGGGCAUGUCAGGAAAAGAUGAAGGGGAGAAGCGUUCCCAGACCAGAGCCCCCCUCAUCCACAGACCUAUGUCCAUGCCUUUAGACAGGCUUCUUCAAGGGCAGCUAUCCAUCUGCUCCCCAGACAAGGAACAGCAGGAUAUGGGUGCAGACACUGUUGUUGGAGGUUUCCCUUUCAACAGGCCGAGGUCUUCCUCAAUGGACCCUUUCAUCGAAUUGUCUCUGUGUAUUGAACCAAGCAUGUCUUCCCCUUCUAAGACAUACUCCAACACAAAUAAAGAAUUUGGCCCAUCAGAUGAGACAUCAUAUCUGGUUAUUGGUGGAGGAGAAGUGAAAAGGGAAGAGGAUUAUGCUAAUUACCAGUCAAAAGGCAAUGAAGUCAGCAAAUCCAUGAUCAUCUCCACAGGAACAGAGAAAGACUGUUUCAUACCACCCAUGACGAACAGCCUUUUGAGAUCAGAUAAACCAGAAACAUCAUCUAACAGUACAACCUUCACAGUUGCACCUUCUGUCUCCUCCUCCUCCUCCUCCUCUGCCCCCUCUUCUGUAGCCCCCUUGUCCCCUGUCAAUAGAAGUUUCGAUCUAAGGAGUCCCACCUCUUUGCAUGAGAGCACUAUCUCCAGACUUAUAGAUGCAGUGUCCUUGGGCAAUGAGCAAGACACAUGCGGCUCUAUUUCUGCUCUGAUUGGCCAGUUUGAAAGCACAACUGACCAAGAUGACCACACAGCUCUAUCUCACGUUUCCACCCCUUUGCCAGAAGAUUUAAGAUCUCCUCUAAAGACCAACACUGUAUCGCCAACCAAGAAACCCUUAACAAGUCCCCGAAAAGUCGUUCAAAAGACAAAUCAUGCAACCUAUGAGAUUGCUUCACCAUGUAAGAUGUCUCCAGGAAAUGCACCUACAUCAACCUUGUUUUCCAGCCCUGAAACAUCAGAGCUGGAGGAGGUGUACACCAUACUGGAUGAAGAGGUGCUGUUGCCAGUUUCAGUCUAUAACCUGAGGAAACAGACCGUGCAUGUCCAGGCAGACACUAUGGACAGCACUCCGUCAAGCAGCUUGGGGUCCUCUCCAACAAAGGUUGCCCACCGAUCAGAUAAAAUGCCCAAUAUCAGUGUGGGCUGGGAUGGCCACAGAAGAAGGGACCAAUGUGAAGACAUUGAGGAGAGCAUUUAUGAGGAAGUAUAUGACCCCCCAGCACAAGACAAUUCUAAAAGGUAUGCCAACUCUUCCAUAAACCAGUUUGUUUAUCACCCAGCUGGAAAUGCUUUUAACGAAGUGGAAAUUAAUGUUGAUGAAGAUCCACUGGAUACGCUUCUGACCUCCCCAAGACAUGGAAGCCAAUGGGAAGGGCCUUUAAGUCCAACAAAACGGCAUGCCAUUUACCAAAACCACGAGUCCACUCCCAACUACUCCCAGCAACAGCAGCAUUCAUCAUACCAUGAUCCUAAACAACAGUUCCCAUUGCACGCAUUAUCACCAUGUCCCUCCCCAAUGCAUCAACCUUCCUAUCAGCAAUCCAGCAACCACCAACACCUGAGCCACUCCCAUAAUCCUUCUCCUUUCCACAGAAACAUCAACUCCCAUCCUUCAAAACCUAGUCCACUGCAUCAGAGCAGCUACUCUGCCCCUCAGAGCAAUUCUGAGCCAGUGAACAAUAACAGAGACUUCAUCAGCUCUUACAGACAACAUGGUUGCUACACUGGCAGCCAGAACCUAAGCAGGUCUUUCCAAGAUAGGCUUGGAUAUAAACAGAUGGAGAGGGAGCAAGAGAGAUGCUUCCACAAUGGGUUCGCAUCUUCUGAUAGCCUUCCUCUACAAUCUACCGUGUCUACAAAUGCCUGUAAGGACAGAGGCCUGUACUCCCCUUCUACAGACUCUGAAGCAGUAUACAGCUUACCAGACUAUGAAUGCUUUACACCCCCAUCAGAGCCUUCAGUUCCUCAAAGCAUCCAGCCACACUGCCAAAGUCCUACCAAAUCAUACACCCCAACAAAGUCAUGGGACAAAAAGACUUCCCUAAUCAAUAGGCACCAGCCACAGCCUGAAUCCAGAGUUUCCCUGAGCUCAAAUUUAGGCCCUUUCUCAUUAAAACCCCAGUCUAACACUACAGAAUCCACAGCCCCCAGCCCAUGCAAGUCCAAGUCCCUGGGAGACCUAACCUCAGAGGACAUAUCAUGCAACUUCCAGGGCAAAUACCACAUUAUUAGUCGAAGUUUCAUAACCCCCAACAUGAGGAAGCAAAAGAGAUUUGGCGCAAUGGGUGAAGUUACCCUCCAAUCCCAGUCUUGUGACCCCCUCACAGAACAGCUCCGUAAACUGGUCAGUCUGGAGGGGGAUGACAGUGACAGUAACAGGGAUAGAUCUCAGACCCCUCAGUUGUGCCAGGAUGCCAAAUUCCCACAGCCAGAGGAAACAAGUAUUGCUUCAGUUGUUCCUAGACACAUAGAUGAUUCCCCGCCACUCCUCACCCGCCGGCUUUCCUCUCGGAGCCAAAGCCGAGUGCGUCACAUCAACAGCCGGGCCCGUGAAAGACAGCAAGAGGCUCUCAAGCCUCGGGCAGGUGCAAUGGUCAACAGCACUACUAGCAUAGGUGGGGUGGUAUUGAGGAAUAAACCAGCCUCACAGAAUCCACCAGUUAACAGACACUCUACUGGUUCCUACAUAGCAGGCUACUUUGGUCAGCUGGAGGAUAGGGGACUUCCUGAAGGGGCUUGUACGUCGUUACGUUAUGGGAAAGGGGAUCAGUAUGGAGAUCGCUACUAUACUGAUGACUCUCUUCCAACUGCUGACUCUAACCCAUCUGCAUCAGAGCCUGAAGUCUACUUUCUUCUCAGACUUUAGCUAUAAUAACCUAAUAUACAAACCAGAUUCCAAAAGAGUUGGGACAUUGUGAAAUGGAUUUCUUUUCAACCUAUAUUUGAUUGAAUACAGCAUGAGAGCAAGUUAUUUAAUGUUCAAACUGAUAAACUUCAUUUUUUUCUUGGAAGUAUACACAAAUACUGACUUUGAUUCCUGCAACAUGCUCCAAAAAAGUUGGGACAGAAGUGUGUAUCACCUUUUUUUUCUAAACAACACUUAGUAGGCAUCCUAGGACUGAAGACACAAACUGUGGAAGUACUGAAAGUGGAAUCCUUCCCCAUUUGUGCUUGAUGUACAUCCUAAGUUGCUCAACAGUGUUUCUGUUAUUGUAUUUUGUGCUUCAUAAUGUGCCCUGCUGUUUCUAUAGGAGACAGGUCUGGACUGCUUGCUGGCAAGCACACACUCUUUUAGGGCAAAGCCAUGUCGUUGUAAUGUGUGCAGAAUGUGGCUUGGCAUUGUCUUAGUGAAAGAGAUGUCGUUUGGAUUAGGGGCUAGCUGAUAUUGUUUCUUGAAGGCUGUUACAAUACAGAUUAUAAGUAGUUCAUGAGACCUGUAACUAUUACUUGGAACUGGUAUGCAUUUAUUAUGCUAUCAAGAAUGUUCUUGAUGUGGCAGAAGUAAAAUAGCAUGAUCUAAAAAUGAAAGAAAAUAAACAGUUUAGACCUAGCUCUAUCAGCAUGAGAAACGGCACAGAGCAUCACAGUAGAAGCAGGAAAACAGGAAUUAAUGUCACAUGUUCUCUUAGUCAGUGGUACCCAGACUUCAGUGUUGAUUGGCUGGUACUUACGUGACAUCCAGCCAAUCAGCCUGCAUUUUAUACAGCAUAUUUGGUGAAAAUUUGGACAAUGAAAAUAAAACCUAAUCUGGAUGGAAGCAGUGAAUCAAAUCCUUGAUGUACCUGGCAGUAUUAACGGUUUCUUCACAGAUGUGCAACUUACCCAUGCUAUGGGCACUAACACACCCCCACACCAUCACAGAGGCUGGCUUUUGAAUUAUGCAUUGAUAACGAUCUCUUAAGGGUCCUUGCCCUCUUUAGCCCAGAGGGAUCAAUAGCCAAAAAAAAAAAAAAAAAAAAAAAAAAAAAAA